AUGGCCGAUACGUAUGCGGUGGUGCAAAAGCGCAAGGCUACUUCAGGCCCCAGGUCAGAGUCUGGGGCAUGCAGCAUAGAGGGGACAUCGCUCUACAGCCAUGUGACUCCGGGCGCCCGUUGGCCUCAGGCACCCACAGAGGAGGGGGCACAGCUGGGCGGCGUUCCUGCUGACCCCAGCCCUACUGGGCCUGGCACAUAUGAGGACGUGGCUGGUGGAUCUCAGACCAGUGGUCUAGGUUUCAACCUUCGCAUUGGAAGGCCUAAAGGGCCCCGGGACCCCCCUGCAGAGUGGAGCCGGUGUGAAUGCUGA